AUGCGUGGGACCAUGGAAGAAGGAGACAGGCCAAAACUCAGGUACUUGCUGAAUGGAGACGGUGAAGAGUCUAUCCUACAGGAACUACGACGCCAGUUGUGUGAGAUGCGGGAUUUCCUUGAGAUCGAACUUUCCCAUCAUAGAGAGGUCCUGGACAAUCUCAACAACCAAACGGCGAAGGCAUCAUUUCAAUCGGCUUCCCGUGAUGAGCAGUCGGAAGAGCAAGUGGAUGAGAGUGAAUGUGAAAUUGAGGAAAGACAAAGCAACACGUUCUCCAACGAUGUGGUUCAAACUGGCGAAAAUAUUCCCGCUCAAGCUGAGUCUGGUGGGCGGAGUUCCUUUGUAGAAGCUGCACUGCUUCCCAUUAAGGCAAAAGCCCAGAUGCAAUCCUACAAGUUACGAGUCAGCAAAAAUGCAGUUGCUGCGCGGCAGGAGGUUCUUGAAAAAACUUGGCGCACAAAGGUGAACGACACAGUCUUUUCGCCAGGUUUUUCUGGGUUCAUUACCGUGCUAAUCCUGGUGAAUGUCAUUCUUCUCGGUGUUGAAGUUGACGUCUCUGCUUCACUGGAAUUGUCUGAGGUGCCCAGUUGGUUUGGCACAGUCAAUGCAAUCAUCGUAUUUGUGUUUGUUAUUGAAAUAGGCCUGAAACUGUUUGCAUUGGGAUGCCGAGAAUUCUGGCGGGGCCGUGACGCUACAUGGAAUAUCCUGGAUUUUGUGAUUGUGUCCAUUUCGGUGGCUGAUGUUUCUCUUGACCUUUUGGCGCACAUGCUUUCCUCUUCGUCUCUGAACACCGGCCAUUUGCGGCUGGUGCGAUCGAUCCGCUUGGCCCGUGCUCUUCGAGGCGUGAAAGUCGUACGUAUCUUCCGCUACAUCACUGCUCUGCGAACAUUGGCUUUGUCCAUCAUCAGCACGAUGGGUUCUUUGUUUUGGACUCUGAUGCUGUUGAUCAUGGUGUUUUACUUCUUUGCGGUGGUGAUUACCCAGCUGGUCACAGACCACUGCCGCAACUUAAGGAGUGAAACUGAUGCGAAAUGCUCGGAUCUACUGCAAAAAUACUGGGCUUCUGUUGGCGAAAGCAUGCUGACACUCUUCAUGGCGAUCACCAACGGUGUGAGCUGGGAUGAUGCGAUUCGCCCGCUCCGAGAGUUUUCUUACGUCGCCGUAGCAUUUGUGUGUGCCUAUAUAACAAUCGCCGUGUUUGCCAUACUCAACGUUGUUACUGGCGUGUCUGACUUACAAUAG